AAAAGAGCGCGUUGUUCUAACCGCGAGAGAUUGGAAAUUAGAUUCACGAUACGUUCACCAUAGUAACGGUGUUUGGUAGUCAUGCGUGCUUCGGUUCUCGGGAAAACUUGUACAUCUUUUGUUGUCGCGUUCUGGUAAGGAAAUAUCAAGUUUUUCCUACGAUCUGGUGUGUUUUUUUUCUUCAGCUGGUAAAUGUAAAUCCUCUACAGUGGUCGGAGAACAUCUAGAAAGGGAAAUGCUUCUUAGUUUGAACGCUGUGCGUCGCAAUGUGUCCGCACUUUUGGUCUUCAAUCUCUAGCUAUUGGCUACCCCAGCUGCUGCCAAAGACGUGCUGAUUUUAGCGGCGAUGCAUUCACUUCAAACCAUGUCAAAGGCUCCGACACAACCUGCUAACCUUCCUCCUCUUCAAAAUCUUCCUUCGUGGUCAAGAAACUCUUUGGGGAGGAGAAAACAGCGGCGGCCCAUAAUUCGUGACCGCUUGCAGCCGAUAAAAUCAAUUAGGGAAGAGAUGGAUGAAAUCUCAGAAGACAGAUCGAACGAGUUGUCGAAUUACUCUGGAAGGAUUGUUUCUGCUCCCUCUCGGGGACACGGACUUGAACAAACGCAAAGACUGGAUAACAUAGAAAAAAGGCUGGAUUAUCUUCGCACGCAACAUGCCGAAACUUUAUCAAAUUUACAUAAUGAAAUAGAACGAUUAAAGGCUGAAAACAAAGAGUUAAAUUUCAAACUGGUAAUGGCUCGCACGGGUGUGAAUCUACCCAAAGAAGAUGAGACAUCUCCUAGCCCAGUUGAAAGUGAUGUGUUGCGGUCUGUCGACUUAGUUCAAGGUGAUCAACAUGAGGGAGUUCUCAGUGUUAAAGAGAAGCUAGAAGAUAAAAAUCUGCCAUCUCAGCCAGCACAGACAGUUAAAGAAUCACAUAACAAAAAUUUAACACAAGAAGUGUUGAACUCAAGUGCAAAAAGGAACAAAAGACAUGGAUCUGGUAAAAUGCCACUUGCAGCUAAAUCCACACCCUCCCCUCCCAUAUCAGCCAAAGGUCCAGUUAUCAAACCUAAAAGUUCAGGAAAAAAGAAAGCAAAAUCAUACAAUUGGCAGGAAAAACCAACAAGUUUGAAUUCAAAUUCCUCUCAUGCUCUCACAUUAUCCACUACUUCACCUGCACCAGUAAAGCAGGGGAUUCCCCUCGGUCAAUCAGUUCUCCUUGUCACAAUAAAGGAUAAGCAUGUGAAAGUUCACAUGCCGACAGACAGUGCCCCACGGUCACCAACCUUGGUGGAGUGUAAAGCUAUCAUUAAACAUCAACAAGAAACAAACAAAAGGCAAGAACAAGAGCUUUCGAAACUAAAGUCAGACUUGAAUGAUGCCCUGUACUCUGACAAGUGGACACCAGAUACAUAUCUUGUAACCAAGUCCUAUGUUACAGAUGAUGCACCAACCAAUACAAGACAAAACACACCUGCUUCUAGAUCUUUACCGCGGUUGCAUUCAAGAGAUCAGAUGCAUUCUGGAAGGUUGACAGCUGGGCGAAUGCAUGUUGUUCAAGACAGUGUAUCUCUUCCAGUUCUUCGCCCCAAUGGUGCAGCCAAUGUUGCUGAUAGGAAACGUCGACAGCAGGCAUUAGUUCGAGGAAGAGGCAAAAAGGACUUCUAUUAAAUUAUAUGUCAAAUUUAUUGAUCAGUAAUCAUAUUAAAAUUCUUCCUUAAAAAAUGAUACAUUUUUCUAAUGGUAGGGCUAGAAUCUUUCCCCAAGUAGUCUUUAGUCACUUAUACUGCUCAUUGUGCACUUGUAAAUACCUAAUUUUUCAUCACAGCGAUAGAUUUUUCAACCUUUUACAUUUUUCUUCUUCUAUUCUAUAAUGUUACUGCAGAAGUACCAUUAAAUACAACGCAAGGGGUGAAGAAUUAUUUAAUAAAAUUAUUUAAAGUAAAA